AUGGUGAACCAGCCCAGUGGAGAGAAAACAUCGGAGAUACAAAGUCAGUUCGAUGAUAUUGCUGGAGAAAUCAAUUCUCUACGAAAAGAGAUUCGACAAGAAGCAAAUCCUUUCUUGAUCAUAAAGGCCGAGCGUCUUGCUCAUCAUCUUCGUCAGAAGGCCGUUUUAAAUAGUUUCAAUACUAUGAAUAAUCGUAACGUUCUAUCUAACGCUGUUAAUCUUACACCAGUUGUUGUGAGCAAACCUAAUCAAGAAAACAACUCGGCAGCCAUUCCCAUAGGCCGAAUGAAACAGGAGAAGAAAACAAACAUAAGCUCGAGAUUGAAAUCGCAGAGCAAGGAACAGAAAAUGGAUCAAAUUCUGACGACCCUACUCUCACCAGUGUUUCUUCCCUUUGUGGUUCUCACCCCAGUUGUUUCUCCUGCAGAAGACUUUAUUCGUUAA